AAUGAGCAAAGUAAAUAACAAAAAUAUAUUCACAUUAAUCACAGGAGCAGCAGUCUUAACUGGAGCUAGUGUUCUAUUUUUCAAAUUUAUGAAGAAAACAGAUGGGUAUGUCAGCUUUAAAUAUAAAAUAGAAAGUCAACUAUUGAACCUCAAAAUAUUGAUAGAGAAACCAUCAUCAAAGUCUUAAAGGAAUUGAAGAAAGAGCUUUUCACUGUAUUUCAAAAUUUUGCUGCAGUCGCAAUUAAUAUUAAACAAUAAUCCAUGGGAAGAGCUAGACCUGAAGAUAUUAAAAUGAUGCUCUUAGAACAACGUAAGACUUCAAUAUCUAAUAUAGCCAUGUUUAGAGGAGAAAUAGAAUAAGUCGAAGAGAUGGUCUAUAAUUAAUUUAGAAUGACCAAAUAGUAAGUUGAACAUUAUUGUCAAAAUGUUUAUCGUGAUGAUCCUACUAUCAAAGAAUUAUAAAAGCAAAUGAAAGAAUCUUUUGAUAGAUCCUUUUCUGGUUAAUCUCCAGAUCCUAAAACAGAUAUCCCAGCCUUUCUUACUGCUGAUACAACUUUUGAAAUACUAGAGAAGGUCAUGACAGAAAGUGCCUUAAAAUUAAAUGAAAAAUUGUUAGAAUUACAAGAAAGAGGUGAAUAAAUCAAUUUCUAAAGUCCCAAAAUGAUGGAAAUUAUGCAAUCCCUCAAAAUGGAUAGUUCUAAGUAAAACCUAUUACUUAUACUAGAAAAGAAAUCUUAGAAUAGUAUGGAUUAAAUAAAUUUGAAGAUCCAGGAAGCAAAAUUUUAUAAUAUGCUACCCAAGUUUAUAGUCAAUAACCAAAUAGCAGUUUCAAUAUUAAGAUGAAAUAACUUGAUACAAAAUAUUAAUCUAUCAUGGAAUAACUUAUUAUGUAAGGUCCUAUGAGUAAUGAAGAAUUGAAAUAAAGAAUGGAAUAAGUUCCAUAGUAAUAAUCAUCGUUCCCAUUUUAAGGUAUUAAUCAACCAUAAAUUCCUCCAAAACAAGAAUAAUAAAAAUAGGAAGUAUAAUAACCCAAAGAAAUUCCAUAAGAAAAAGGAAACGAAGUGCCUUAAGAAGCUUAAGAAUAAUAAUAAGAAUAAUAAUAAGAAUAAUAAUAAUAAUAGUAAGAAUAAUAAUAAUAAGAAGCAGCAGAAAUUAAUGUAAAUUAACCCUAAGAACAACCAGUCCAAGAAUAAUAAUCAUAGGUUUAAGAAGAGAACUAAUAAUUCUGAU